UUCUCUCCAGAGCCCCCCCUCUCCCUCUUUCACUCUCUCUCACCCUGUCUAACUCUCUCCAUCUCUCUGCUACUCUCUCCUUUACGCACACACAGUGUUGUCAACAAAGCUGGAGAACAAGGGACGAAGGGGGAACAGGGGAAUAAAGGUCCAAGGAGGAGGAAAGUAACACGCAGGACCACUCGCAACAUUACACCUGGACGCUUGAAAGGAUAGUAGGAGUCGAAGGAGGGAGAUAGGAGCGAAGGGCGAUUGGGAAAAGGGCCUUUAUUUUCUCUUCAUGGUGGUUUGGACUCUCGUAGUAUGUAUGAGAAGUUAACCAUGCUGAACCUGCAGAGCGGCUCAAACUGGAGUGGACCCAACAACUGGUACCAUGACCCCACUGGUGUUCAGACACAACACAGUACAGUGUCUGACGGCUGUCUGCUGGACACAGAGGGCAGCAUGGGGGGAGAGGUGGGUGGAGGAGGAGGGGGAACAGGCCGAGGGGGAGGAGGAGGAGUGCCUGUCGACAGGGACGAUGGCGAGGAGUCGCAACUGAGGCUGCAGCUGAAGAGGAAGCUGCAGAGGAACAGGACCAGCUUCACGCAGGAGCAGAUCGAGGCUCUGGAGAAAGAGUUUGAAAGGACACAUUACCCCGAUGUCUUUGCACGGGAGAGAUUGGCAAAUAAGAUUGAUUUACCAGAGGCCAGGAUACAGGUAUGGUUCUCAAAUCGAAGAGCCAAGUGGAGAAGGGAGGAGAAGCUGCGCAAUCAAAGGAGGUCAGGAGGAGUGACUUCCUGUUCACAGAGCCAAGCCCCUCUGACCACUUCCUUCAACACCUCCGUCUAUCAUCAGCAGCACGGCAGCAGCUCAGGGUCCAUGUUGAGUCAGGCUGAGUCGUCCCUGCCCAGCUACAGCUCUCUGUCAGUUUUCUCAUCCGGAGUUCAGUCCAUCCCUCCUCAGUCGGCCUCCUCCUACUCCUGCAUGUUGCCUCCCUCCCCCUCUGCCCCGCGAAGCUUUGACUCCUCAGCGUACUCCUCCCCUCACCUGCAGACCCCGUCCUCGGCCAACUCCAACACCGUGACUGGGAUGGAGUUGGGUCUUCUGCUGUCGAUGGUUUUCACCUUAACGGGAAGCACAUCAGCAGUGCCAGUGACUGACCAGUACAGCAGAGCAGUGGAUUGGUUGAGCAGGUAUGGCUACCUGCCUCCUCCUGACCCACGAACAAGUCAACUACAGACCAAAACGGGGAUCGAGAACGCCAUUCGUGUCAUGCAGAGAUACGGGGGAGUUCCUGAAACCGGGGUGCUGGACGAUGCAACCUUCAAACUCAUGUCCACACCACGGUGCUCUCUGCCUGACAUUGUUGGGAGUGAGGAAAUGCUGAGAAGGAGGAGGAGGGCGGUGAGGAGGAAGAGAUACGCGCUGUCAGGCCUUAAGUGGCAUAAGACAGACCUCACAUGGAGUGUCCACAACUACCCAUCAUCACACUCCCCCAGCCUGUCAAGCAGCUUGGUGGUCAACAUCCUGACUAACGCCUUCAAAGCCUGGAGCGACUCGGCCCCCUUGAGAAUCCUUCGGCUUGACGUUGACAGCAGCGGGGCGAGACCUGAAGGGGACAUCAAAGUGUCUUUUUCCCGCUCGCUUCACAACGACGGGUACCCUUUUGACGGGCCGGGUGGCACCCUGGCCCACGCCUUCUUCCCCACCGGGGAUGAAGUUGCUGGUGACACUCACUUUGAUGAUGAUGAGAUCUGGAGCUAUGGAGGUGACGCUGGCACUACCGACUUGUUCACAGUUGCAGUCCACGAAUUUGGUCACGCACUCGGCCUGUCCCAUUCCUCCUCUGAUCCGUCCAUCAUGAGGCCUUACUACCAGGGCCCUGUGGAAAAUAUCCAAAGAUUCCAGCUGGCCCAGGACGACAGGCUGGCUAUCCAGCAGCUUUAUGGUGUGAAGGGUGACGGGCCACCAGGUGGUGUUGAUCCUGAUGUCCCACGCCUGCCCAGUCCACCUCCUCCCAGGCCGACACAGCAUUCCGACCCCUUGUUCAACGAGCGCUGUCAGGGUGGCUUUGACGCAGUGGCAAACCUCCGAGGAGAGGUCUUCUUUUUUAAAGGGGCAAACUUUUGGAGGACUAAGCAAGACAGGUCUUUGGUGUCCUUCAAGCCAGCUAAGAUCAAAAACUUCUGGAUGGGCCUUCCACCAGGAACAAACCGGAUCGACUCUGUGUACGAGAGGAAGAGCGACAGCGCUAUUGUCUUCUUUAUUGGAUCUCAGUACUGGGUCUUCAAGGACACGCGUGCCAUGAGUGGUUACCCUCGGCCGCUCUCUGAUUGGGGAAUGAAGACAAGCAGCGGGAGGGAUGUGGAGAAGGUGGAUGCAGCCUUCAUCUGGGCCCACAAUGGCAAAACGUACCUGUUCAGUGGUGGGGAGUUUUGGAGGUUUGACGAUACCCGUAAGGAUGAACAGGGACCCAGGCAACCGGAAGUGGGUUACCCGCGUGACAACAGCCUGUGGGCGGGAGUUCCUCCUGACAUGGAUGACAUCAUCAGCUGGGGGGCAGGAGAUGCCUACUUCUUCAAGGACAACCUGUACUGGGUGUUGAUCAACGGAGGACUGAAUCAGGGAGACAUCACACCCAAAUCAAUUGCUGUGGAAUGGCUCCAAUGUCCUGCGACAUCCACUGCAGUAAUUCCUCAGAUACCAAAGGAGUGUCGCUGUGACUUGAAAGGAUCAUCUUCAUUUGUAAGAAGCAGCUGGCUCCUCCUGAUCUCUGUUAUACUAUGUGUUACUUGUGCUUUCAUUUAAGAAUCUGCAUCUUGGCAAUGGAAUCAAAAACCACAUGCCUGCAGGUUUUUUUUUUUUUAUGGUCUCUUUAAUUCACUAGAGUAAAAAAAGCUGUUCACAUCAUCAUCCACUUAGAGUACAUCCCAACCCACAAGCUGGUUUCGUAUUACAUUUUAGUGUCAUUAAAAGCAUAUAUAUAUAUAUAUAGAGAGAGAGAGAGAGAGAGAGAGAGAGAGAGAGAGAGUUUUAAUAUAUAUUUAUAUUAAAACUCUGCCUUAGACUUAACCAGGCCUAUGCUUUGCCUAUCAGAACAUAUUGCUGACCUGUGAAAAAAGUACAUUUGCGUCCUAUCACCCUCUUACUAUACGUUAUCAGCCGCUCUUUUGUGGGUAUCAGAUUACAUGGAGUCUGUGUAGGAUAAUGUGUGGUAAUUCAACACAGAAAGGCAUGCAGGCUACUCCCUCAUAAUGAGGUCUUAUGAAAGCAACCUAUUUUGUGACCGGCGUACACAAUCAUUAUUUAGUUUAAUAGACAACUUCUUUAUCAGAGUGAAUCUUUUUUAAUUAAGAGUAGAAUUGUGCCUUUGCACACAGAGCAGACUCUUUUCAGUAUGAAAUGGCCCCAUUUUUGAUAUUUUGUAUAUUUUUGAUUUUGUACAUGUCAGUAAUGGAUAUGAAAUUAAUAUAUUUGUUCACAUUUUCUAACAGUUGAUGAUAUUAAUUCUGCUUGACAGUAUUGUUGCAGGAUGCACUUUGACUCCGUACUUUAAGAUACUCUGCACAGCAAAUGCAGCAAAUGUUGGAACAAAAUCGGUGCAAAAAUCAGUUCACAAUGUGCCACCACCAUUGAUGUUCUGUGAUUGUAACCUUUCAAACAUUAUCAGUGUUGCUGUUAAUGGCUGAUAUAUGAAAUGAUAAAUUAUUUUAUGACUGAGAACAGGAGGGGGGGCUAACACUUUUCAAAAUGACUUUAAAGAAUCUAAAAUACUAUAAUAAAAAAAAGGAAUUUCAAUUAUGUUUUGGUAUGAUUAGAAUUUGCUGACAUGUGUUGCUGCUUUAGAUUUGAAGCUAAGAUCUGUAAUCAUACUGCAGUUAAUCAUCUGAUGCUUAAACUUAGUAGGUCUUUUUGAUUUGUAUCCAUCCAUAAAAUGAUUCCUAAGGCUAAAUGUAAUCACUCUAAAGGUGUGUACUGAACGUUGUUUUGAAGCUGCAGGUCUGUGUUAGAAGUCAACAAAAUAAAAAUGUUGAUGUAAAAUAUCAAA